UUAAGUGAUCCUGGCUACUCCCCCAAUAACAGAAGCUAGCUGCAUUUGGGGAUGAACAUGAAGAAGCUUGCAAUACCAAAACUUGUGUAUAUUUGUUUUCUAAGUAUCCCUUUGCUCCUGUUCAUAUUCUUGUCUAAGCAUCCAAUUCUUUUCUAUACCUAUGAGUUCAUCUUUGUGGCAAAAUCUAAAAGGGACGCUGUGUUUGUGAUGUUUAAUGUUAUCAUUAUCACCAUCUUUCUUGGGAGUUCAAAGCCAUCUGCAAUGGAUUUUGAUUGGUUCUUUAAUCCUUUUCCUCUAGUUCAUGAAACAUAUUAUGAUGAUAGCUAUGAUGAUGAUGAUGAUGAUGAUGAGUGUCAUGGUUAUGAUGGUUAUGAUGAAGAUAAUGAUGAUGAUCUUGGUACAGAAGAUGUUGAGAGUGAAGAUGAGAUAGAUAACGAUUUAGAAAGGAAAAUAGAAGAAUUCAUAGCCAAAGUCAAUAGCAAAUGGAGAGAGGAGUCAAUUGCUGAGAAGCUUCUAUACAUAGAAUCAGCUACACUGCCAAAUUAACACUAGCUAGAAGGCUCCACACACGAUCUUCUGUAUAACAACGUGUAAAUUGUGUUACUUAUGCUGUCAUAUCAUAUGGUGUAAAUAUUGAAAGCCAUGGAUUGCAUGAUGGAGUUGUUGGAUUCUGUCUUUGGAUUCAUGAAGGAGCAUGUGUAAGAUAUGCAGAAUGUGAUUAAACAUGAAACCUGUAAAUAUGUAUAUUACACUGUUACCAAAAUAAAUAAACUGUGAUAUUUACUGUGA